AUGAUUAAUAACGUGACUACAAGGCUUGGUGAAACAGAGCGAAUUCUAGAAAACUACCAUAACAAUUUUGGUAUAAUCGCGACUGAGAUCGAAGAAAUCAAUAGAUCUAUCGCGACACUUCAAAGUGAAAUUAAUCAACGCCAUGCACUUAUCCAAAGCAUGAAUAGAAGGGGAUCCGACCAACCAAGCGAAGCCUCAUCAUCAUCCGUCCAUUCUUCAUCUCCAAAUUCAUCAACCGAAAGAAAUCUCACUUUUGAUGAAAUGAGUUAUGGUGUAGCGAUGCGCAUCCGUGAACUUGGAGGGAAUAUUAAACAAGCAACAAUUAAAAUUUUUAAUAAUAAUAGCACCCGUUGUAGUAGUUCUACACUUAAUGAUAUAGGUAAAUGGCUAGAUGAUAUGGAGUAG